AUGCUGUUUACGCGACAGUUGUUUUGGUCUUCUCUUGCGACAAUCACGGUGGUGGGUCUUGGAGGUGCACAAUCAACACCUGGUACCCGGACCACAACUACAGACUCUACGACCUCUUCGACAUCGACUGGAAAGGCAACGCAUACAAUUCAAGUUGGGCCAAAAACCAGCCCGCAUGCCUAUGUUCCUCAUAACAUCAGAGCAAAUGUCGGCGAUGUAGUAGUCUUCGAGUUCUACCCCACUAAUCACUCGGUCGUUAAAGCGGACUACGAUGCGCCUUGUGUGCCUGCUGACCAUGGACGUUUCUACUCGGGGAUCUUCAACGAUUUCACCACCAAUGACGGUAAUUUGGUUGGGCCAGCACCUACCUGGUCGGUGGUCGUUAAUAAUACUGAGCCAACUUUUUUCUACUGCACUGCCAUCGAUUCCUGCACCAAAAAUGGCAUGGUUGGUGUUAUUAAUCCGAACUCCUCUCGAACAUUCAAAACGCAAUAUGACAAAGCACUUGAUUCCCCAUACAUGCUAGUUCCGGGACAAUCACCUCCGCCAGAGGGAAGUGAAGAUUCCGGAUCGAGUUCGAGUUCAAGCUCAAGCAGUGAUUCCUCCGGUGGUGGAAACGGUCUCAGCAAAGGCGCCAUCGCAGGAAUCGCUGUUGCAGGUGUUGUCUUUUUGGGAAUUCUGGUGGCACUUUUCUUUCUACUCGGUCGCAAUCGAGUAUACAAGCAGUGGAUGUCUUCUCAAGAUGGGAGAACUGAACGUACUGCUCGGUGGGCACUUUUCAACCAUCCAAAUGGUGGUCCUGAGGUGGCUAGCAAUGCAGGCAAGCCACCCAUGACAGACACAACUUCGGUUUCGAGCCCCGAUCCAGGUCGCUACAAUACCAUGUCGCCACCUCUUGGCGACGGUAAUUCUAGCUAUGGCCCUUCAUCGCCGCGUCAACAGUCCGGGCAUUGGAGUUGGGACCCUUCCUUCAAUCCCCGAAAUGCCCGUGGCCCAUCUGAGCUGGAGGCGACCCACGUCAUCCACCAACUUCCUGAGUCUAGCAAUGAACGUUAA